AUGGGAGCUAAUAAAAAGCUUAGUGGUUCAGGAUAUAGAAAGCAAGCAAAAUUAAAACAAUUAAAACAUGUUGAAUUAAUUAAGACUUGUAGAAAAUUAGAUGGUUUAUUCAAGCCAUCAACUAUUCCAAAUACAGAUGAUAAACUAGAGAUAUUAAACCAAGGUAAGCAAAUACAAAUGAACCCGGAUUAUUCAAAUGUAAAUAAUUCUGAACAGCAUGAACCUACACAAAUUAGUGGAAAUAUUGAGACAGAAAAUACAGAUGAUAAACUAGAGAUAUUAAACCAAGGUACACAAAUACAAAUGAACCCGGAUUAUUUAAAUGUAAAUAAUUCUGAACAGCAUGAACCUACACAAAUUAGUGGAAAUAUUGAGACAGAAAAUAGUGUUUCUGAGAUAAAUACUGAUAUAUUGUUAUCUAAGAAUAAUGAAGUUAUUGCUGAUGUUUUGUUUGAGCUUGAGCCUAAUGAUAAUCCUGGAUGUGAUCCUGCUUUAUGGAAAAUAAACGAGUUAACUAUAGAAUAUAUUUGUGUAAACGGAUUUUCUCAAGAUUUAAAUGAUUUAAAUUUUACCAAGUCUAAGCGAGCAUAUACAAAAGUUCACAAAGGAUCUACUAAAACCUACUAUAGGUUUUGCAAUAAAAACUAUUGGAAUACAAGACUAACUAAUGGUGAUUCAUUUAAACGUAAUUUAAUUUUGUAUUCAGAAAGUAAGGGUGUAAUUUACUGUAUCCCAUGCUUGUUGUUUGGAAACCUAAAUUCACCUUCAUUUGCUUCAAAAGGAUUUUCAAACUGGAAAAGAGCCGACGAGCUCAUAUCACAACAUGAAAAUUCCUUAAAACAUCGUUCAAAUAUUCUAGCAAUGAAAAACCGAGGACAAAUACUUCAAAGAAUUGAUCAACAAAUAAUACAACAAAUUGAAAAUGAACGUAUGUACUGGAUCAAUGUUUUAAAAAGAGUAGUGGCAAUUGUUAAAACAUUGGCAUCAAGAGGUUUAGCAUUCAGAGGACAUACUUCAAAAAUUGGAUGUCCACAUAAUGGAAACUUUAUGAUGGCACUUGAGUUAUUAGCUGAAUUUGACCCUUUUAUCUCAAACCAUAUUUCCACAAACGGUAAUCCUGGUAAAGGUCAUACCUCAUAUUUAUCAUAUUAUAUUUAUGAGCAGUUUAUUUUAUUAAUGUCUAAAAAAGUAGAAAAUACUAUUAUUCAGGAUGUCAAUACUUCACGAUAUUUUUCAAUAAGUGUUGAUUCAACACCUGAUAUUACCCACACUGAUCAACUUUCUUUAGUUGUACGAUAUAUUGAUGAAAGUGGAAAUGUAUUUGAGCGUUUUUUAUGUUUUAUGAAUAAUGUUGGACACAAAGCAGAAAAUAUGGCUGAAGCAGUGAUAACAAUUCUGAAUAAGUACAAUUUGAAUCUUAACUAUUUAAGGGGGCAGUCAUACGACAAUGCGAGUAACAUGUCAGGUAGUUACUCUGGAUUACAAGCUAGAAUAAAACUGAUAAAUCCAUUGGCCAAGUUUGUUCCCUGCUCGGCUCAUUCAUUAAAUUUAGUGGGACAAAAUGCGGCCAGCUGUUGUAGAGAAGCUAUUCAUUUUUUUAACUUUCUUCAAAACUUGUACACAUUCUUUUCGGCAUCAACUUACCGUUGGCAGAUUUUAAAUUCUUCAAUCAAGAGAAUGUCAGAUACAAGGUGGUCUGCAAGAGAUGAUGCGUGUCAUUCAUUGAAUAAAAAUUGGUUUUCUAUUGAAAAUGCUUUAAUUAAGAUUGGAGGAAAUGAAAAAGAAAAACCAGCUAUUCGAUGUGAAGCAAAUGGCAUACUCAAAAUACUUAAAUCUUUAGAGACAUCCUUCUUAUCAAUUUUUUGGGGAGACAUAUUACAUAGGUCAAGCAUAGGAGAAGAAAGGUUAUCUGCAUUAGCAAUUAUGAAUAUAGAGGCUGAUAUCACUACAACAAUAAGCUAUGAUAAUAUUAUUCAAGAAUUUGCACAAGACCGUGCACGUCGAAAAAUAUAA